UAAUGGUAUUGACGGUAUGAAUGGAGAGAUUGGACAACCAGGAUUCUAUGGGGAGGUGGGAGACAAAGACAAACAAGGACAGCCAGGUGAUCAAGGAGACGAAGGAGACGAGGGAGCAAAGAGCCAUGGCCUACCUGGCUAUAUCAGAGACCAGGGACCAAAGGGCCAUGGCCUGCCUGGCUAUAUCAGAGACCAGGGACCAAAGGGCCAUGGCCUGCCUGGCUAUAUCAGAGACCAGAGACCAAAGGGCCAUGGCCUACCUGGCUAUAUCAGAGACCAGGGACCAAAGGGCCAUGGCCUACCUGGCUACAUCAGAGACCAGGGACCAAAGGGUCAUGGCCUGCCUGGCUAUAUCAGAGACCAGAGACCAAAGGGCCAUGGCCUACCUGGCUAUAUCAGAGACCAGGGACCAAAGGGCCAUGGCCUGCCUGGCUAUAUCAGAGACCAGGGACCAAAGGGCCAUGGCCUACCUGGCUAUAUCAGAGACCAGGGACCAAAGGGCCAUGGCCUGCCUGGCUAUAUCAGAGACCAGGGACCAAAGGGCCAUGGCCUACCUGGCUAUAUCAGAGACCAGGGACCAAAGGGCCAUGGCCUACCUGGCUAUAUCAGAGACCAGAGACCAAAGGGCCAUGGCCUACCUGGCUAUAUCAGAGACCAGGGACCAAAGGGCCAUGGCCUACCUGGCUAUAUCAGAGACCAGGGACCAAAGGGCCAUGGCCUACCUGGCUAUAUCAGAGACUAGGGACCAAAGGGCCAUGGCCUACCUGGCUAUAUCAGAGACCAGGGACCAAAGGGCCAUGGCCUACCUGGCUAUAUCAGAGACCAGGGACCAAAGGGCCAACGUGGAAGACCUGGUAGAGACUUCAAUGGCACAACAGGACGAGAGGGCGAGAGAGGCCAUGUAG